GAAAUCCGUUCCAUGGGUCAUUUUAGAACUAGUUAGCGCCUGAGUCCUAAGGAUUUAACAGAUUAACGUCAAAUUUCAAGUAUUAUCUACACAAUGGCUGGUCAAUUCAACCACUAUAAAGACCAAGCUGUCAAAUUGCUGUACGAAAAGAACAAAAUUACCGAUUUCUUAGCUAAGGUUGAAAGUAAAACUCAAGUUAAGCGAGAGUAUUUGGCCGGAGGUUUUCUUGGUCUGCUUGCUCUGUACCUCAUCUUUGGCUAUGGAGCUGAGCUCAUCUGCAACCUCAUUGCCUUUGUGUAUCCUGCAUACCGGAGCAUCAAGGCACUGGAGACCAAUGUGAAGGAAGAUGACACCCGCUGGUUGACCUACUGGGUCGUCUUUGCAGUUUUCUCCAUUGUUGAGUUCUUCUCAGACAUCCUUCUGUCCUGGAUGCCUUUCUACUGGCUGGCAAAGUGUCUCUUCCUAGUGUGGUGCUACGUGCCGACCUCCUAUAAUGGGUCGGACAUGAUCUACCAGCGCAUCAUCAGACCUGUAUUCCUCAAACAUCAAACCACAAUUGAUGCCACUGUGGACAAGUUUGGGGACAAGAUCAGCAAGCUGGCAGAAGAUGCCACAAAGGCGGCCUCUGAUGCCAUCAAGAAGGAUUAAAUGGCACCCUCUACAGCCUGCUUGUCAAGAGACAUCACAUGGACUUCAGGCUCACUACACAGCACGACAACAGCGGCGUCAGCAAGAUUUUUUGAAUUUUUAAACAUUUCUAUUUAACUGCAGCCGGUUCGACCAAGACACUAGUUGAGUCUUCAAUAAAAUCUUCAUUCUUCGAUAUAUAAUUAAGUAGACACUUAAGAACUUAGAAGCUAGUAAAAAAUUUUCUUACAAGCUUCUUGAGAAAAGCUUUCUUUUGGCACCUUGUAUAGCUCAGCAAGCUGUUGUUUGGAGCCUUCGGUUGCUGCGACACUGGUAAUGAUGAGGAACUCGGCGAGUUGUUAUAUUUGUAGUUAUCUCCUAAUGUGCAGUUUAUGGCAUCGUCAUUGUUGCAUCUGGUCUCAAGUGAGCUAUCAAAGGCAUUGUUUUUUAUUCCCAAGUUCCAAGUCACGUUGGGCAUUCGAAUGUGAUGUCACAUCAAGUAGAUGUUCAAAGGCUGGUAUAUUUUGUGCUACCUCUCUCAGUUACAGCCUCUUUCCCUUUUCUCUUUGUUGGCAUACAAUUCCCUCGUAUUUCAUGAAACGGACUUCAAGUCGAUUGCGAUUACCGAUGCGUGAACCCGUGUUGCUUUAGUGUGUCGAUCUCAAACUUUUCAUACAAGAUAUCCAAUGUAUGCUCAAAAUGAUGGAAUAUAUGUUCUCCUCCUACUAAAAUCGUGGCUCGAUGCCUCGUUACCUGAUAUUCAACUCCAAGUGAUGCAGUGAGGUUUGAAGAAUGUAUGGUAAAGAAGCACGCUAAUGGAGCUACAUUAGUUAGGACUUGCUUGAUGAGGCCUUGGAAGAAAUCUUUGUAUAUUUUGCUAGCAUUGAACUGAAUUUGUUAGCUUACUUUCAUCGGUUAUAAGUUACUGUAAGUAGGUAUUUCAGGCUCUACACAAGUAAAAUAUGACCAUACAUUUCUAUUCAUUAAGGUCAACCCAGAUUUAUAACCUCGAGUUGUGAUCGCUAGAAUCUCUGAGUACACAAUCCUCGAUAGGUGUAGAACACCUACUAGCCAUAAUACAUGUAGUACCUGUUUUCCUUUUUGUGUGACAAGCGAGUUGUUUUGUUUCUCCAAGUUUUUUCCGGACUAAUUUCUUAGAGUGGUUUAAUAAAGGACGCUUUCUCUGUAACUCGGUUGUCACCUGUGCCAUUGGCUUUCUGCGUUUUCUUUGAAAGGGCGAUGGUAGAUGGUUCCGUUUUUAUGCAUGAAAAAGACAUAAUCCAGCAAAUUAUCAUCAAGUAGCAUUGGGACUAGAGUUGGGAUGUAGAGGUGCAAAAAUUGCUGAUAUAUCCAUUGUCUACUAGCAUUUUGAGUAGAAACCGAUCUGUAGUGUGAGCUGGGUUCAAUGUGUGCGUUUUUAGGAUGAAGCAUUAGUUUCCUUUUAGGUGGUAAUUCCUUUUAUAUCCUUUUACACGUUUGCAUUGCACCUGUCGCUUCAAAUAUAUACCUUACUCUUCA